UGCGCACAGAGGAAGAGGAGCCCAGUCGAGAAGAGACGCCGUCACCAUGGCGACCGAAGAAGGCUGUGGGCAAGUGGCGCGGCUUCGACGCUUUGUAAGCGAGCGAUUCUCUUCACGCUGCCCAGUUCAUUUGGAAAUGGAAAACAGUGAAACAGAAACUCCUGACUCAACUUAUGCCCUUUGGUCUAUAACUUCGGAAAGAAAUCUUGGAGUUUCAACUUCACCACUGUCUUCAUAUCAAAGGAGUGUAAAUACUACAGUACUGAAAAAAAAAUGCAUCUCCCCUAAUACAAAGGCAGCUAAAAAUACAGAAGAAAAGCAAAGAGAGUGUCUGCUUGGCCCCAAGAGUACCCUCCAAUCAUCAGUAUUAUCAAAAAGGUCAGAGCUUCAAGAUGGUUCCACACAUCAAAUAAAAUCAGUUCAGAGAAGCGAUAGAAUAUCAGAACUAGUCAGCUACAAAUCAAGAAGUACAAACAAAUUCUGCCUUAUAUCACCAUCCAAGAGAAACAGACCUGUCAGUGCUCCACCAGGUCAGCUAAGAUGUCAACAGUUUUCUUCCUCAAAAUUCGCCUGGGCCCAGAAGGCCCCUGAAGUGUCCCAGAUUUUUAAACGCCAACCACAGAUACUCAGAGUAACUGCUUAUAAAAAUGGUACAAUAAAUGUGUUUGCUAAAGUUACAGUGCCACUUUCCAUUAAACUGCUGCUGGAGGAGUGCACUGAAAAGCUGAAGCUGAAUAUGGCUGCACGACGAGUCUUCUUGGCAGACGGCACUGAAGCACUAGAUGCUGUAGACAUACCCCAUGAUGCUGACGUUUAUAUUUCAACUGGAGAGCCCUUUUCAAAUCCAUUCAAAAAAAUUAAAGACCAUCUGUUGUUAGUGAAGAAUGCAACUUGGACGCUGAAUGGCCUAGUCUUUCCUAGAGGUUCCAAGAGAAGAAAAACCAAGCCUGUACUUUCCAAAUGUAUGAAGAAACUUACAGAGAAGCCCACAGUCAGACUGUUGGUGUUCAGGAACUGUAUGGGGCAGGAUGGUUAUGAGAUACCAGCUCCCCCAGACCAAAUUGAAAAGUUUUUAGAUAUUUGUACCAUGAGACUGAACCUUUCUUCAGCAGCAAAGCAUAUAUAUAGUAUGCAUGGAGAAAAAAUUGAAGAUCUCAAAAAUGUUCCUCUGCUUGACAAAUGCCUGCAAAAUUCCAUCACACCUUUGCGGGGACCUGUUUGGGUCUCUAAAGGAGAAGGUUUCAGCCCCUCUGGAGCGAAGAUGUAUAUCCAAGGAGUACUGUUGGCCUUGCACCAGCGAUUAAAGUCUGCAAAAAACUACUGUGAUCAGCUGGAUUCUGCCAUUGAUGGCCAGAAACAGAAAAUCACAGACAAAGGCAUUCUAUCAAUGAAAAAGGAAGAAUUACAUUUAGAACAAGAUGAAGUGAACAAGUUGAUUGAUGAAUUGCAGGCAGCUAUCAAGAGCUACAAAGAUCACCUCUCUAAGCUUGCCCCCCAGUUACAGGCUGAACAGGAGCAAUGUACUUCUUAUGUCUACCAACAUAUUAAAGAACUUCCUGCAAACACAGACCUUCUCUCACAGGGUCUGCAGCUAAAGGUGUAUGAAAAUGGCAAGGACACUGGGGAGACUCUUGUUUACAUCAGCAGAAAAGAGAUUGAAAACAAUUGUGGGAAUCAACCCAGUGCUGUUCUGGAGAGGGUACAACACAUGAUUCACCAAAGGCUCCAACAUUCAGCAGAUUUCAAACCAUCAGGCCUCAGUCAUUUCCCUACCCGGCUUUUUGACGAGACUGGACAAGAAAUUAAAAACCCACUUUUAUUGCAGAAUGAGCAAAAAAUUUGGGUUUCUUAUGGUGAAGAUUACAGGUCUCCUGUAAAUCCUGUCCUGAGUUGGACCUUUGACAGAGUGACUGCAGCUGAAAAGAAUGGCACCACCGUUAUUUAUAAAACACGUCUGGAUCCUACUGUUGAUUUAUUGCCUGGAUGUGACAAUUGGGAAGUUUUUGCUGGAUUUCCAGACAACUUUGAAUUCACAAACCAUCUGGAACUUCAAACCUUGGAAACUGUGGAGCCAGACAACCAUUUUAUACAAUAUAAGGCUGACUCCCAGGUGGUUCUUCUCAUGUCAGUUACCAUGGAAAACAUGAGGAAAGAUGCUCCCAGAACAAAUGGCCGCCAAGAUCUUAUGCCAGACCCAGCACGCUGGCCUCUUUCUAAUAUGUGGCUGAUAACAAAGACUGGAAUGAUUCUAAGUCGAGCUAUAGUACAAAGCUGCCUGGCUGUUGGUCACCCAAUCAGAGCUGUGAUGCAGGAUGGCAUACCUCUUGAAGGCUGUAAGCUAUGUCUGCAGAAAAGAGACAAACACAGUAUAUCUCAAUACUGGGAGUUUGGAAAUGAUGGCUGUAUCCAUUCUAAGGCUUACCCUGAGUUUGUCCUGACCUUCCUAGAGGAGCUAAAUGUAAGAGAGGAAGUGACCCAGAUGGAAUUCCACACACCACAUGGGGCCCAGUCUUCAGUUCAUCAAGAGACAGAUAGCAAUUCAGUAGAAGAGGUCACUGUAUUAAGCCAGAGGCAGGUUCUGCAAAAUGAUGUCUGCAAUGAAAAACAACUUUCAGGACCUUUGGACAUGCCUGAAGGUCCCUUAGGGGAGAAUAGGCCGCUGACAGUGGCACUGGUGAAAAAACUGGAAGAGAAACAUCCUAAGGCCUCAGCUCAAAGAUGGGCUAUUAAACAUGAAGGAACAAGUAAGCCUGGCCAGUGGAAACAGUCUAAAGUGGACAAUCCUUUAUGGAAUAAGUUGACGUAUAUGUGGCCUGUGCUUUCAAAUGGAGAACUAAACCAGGCUUUCGACUGGCCCAUUGAAGGAUUGCUGAUUCCAAACAGCCCUCCCUUAAAGAAACCUGCUGGUAAGAAGUCAGACAGCUACAUCCCUGUGAGACUGAGAGUUUUGAAAAAUGGAGAACCAGAUAAAAACAAAGCCAUCUUUGUUCUUGGACCUGAUUGUACAACUGUGACUAAAAAACAAAAUGUUGACCCAGAAAAAAAACAGAAAGCGAAGAGUCUCCUGAAGACACACGAUGUUCCAGAUUCAGAAAAGGAAAUACAUAAAAAAGAAUUUCAGCAUUUUCUGGAACGAUGCACCAUGGCGUUGAAUUUGCCUUUUGCUGCCAGAAGACUGUUCACUGGAAAAGGGGUAGAAAUCUUUCUUUUGAAAGACUUGGAGAGAGAUCAGCUGAUUUAUGCUUCCUGUGGAGAAAAAUGGAUUGAUCCACACUGGACUUUGACUCAGCAUAAGAAACGUCUCCAAUUUAGUAAUUUAGCAUCUGAUAUAACUGCUAUUCGUGCUUACUGCGUCAUGAGAAACACAACAAAUCUUGCUUUAGAAGUCAAAAAUGACAUUGUUGUUGGAGCCAAACUUUCUGUUGAAAAUGCUACAGUGGAAUUUGAAGGGAGGAAAGUUGUCAAAGAGCUGCAAGAACAACAAGCCCAAGAAAGCACUGAGAAAAUAGAAUGCAAUGCAGAUAAAUGUCUGACUUCACAUGCAAAAUCCCAUCUUAAAGCAAAUACAUCGUAUACACCCAUGAAAUACAGUUGGCAGCAAAAUUCCUAUGAUUUUGAUGAGGAUUGCACCUUUCAGAAGGAAAAAGAUGAACAGUUCUUUGAAGAUGCAGAGUUAUAUAAAAAAUACAGACAUCAACCUAAAUUGACUGAAGAAUUGCAGAAAGCCCAGCAUCGGCAGUUUGAAUUUAGAAAUGGGAAGAUUAUCAACUGCAGCUUUCCAAAUCUGGUUUUGGGUGUGGAGAAUUCUGUUCUGCAUUCUGGCACUGAAGUGGUUCUGUUGGAAAAGAAGUGUGACAAUAUCAAUCAACACUGGAUAUGGAGAGAGGAUAGCAGGACAUUUCAUCUUGUGACUGAUCCCAAUCUAGUGCUAGCAGUAUCAAUGCCCAACAUACUAAAUGGAUAUCAAAAGAUUCCACUGGAAAUACAAGGGUGUUCUGUCAUCCUUCAGAAAUACAAAGAAUGUAAAAAUGGAGCUGCCAAUCAAAAAUGGAAUUACAUGGAAUCAACAAAGGUUUUUACUGCCUUUUACAGCACAAUACUGGACCAAGAAAUCACAGCAGCAAAUUAUUCUUCUAUUUGCACAUUUUCUGUGGCCAACACAGAGAAAAUAGACCAACCAGGCUACUAUUUUCUUUCACCAUGCGGAAAGCAGAAGGUAAUGAUAUGCGUGGCUUGUGCAAGGACCAUAAGGGGAAAGAAGGAACUGAAAAAAUUGCUCCCUGGUACUGUGUUCUUCUGUGCUUCUGGUUCUGAGAAAGGAAAACAUUUAUCCAUCUGGCCUUUUAAGUGUCUUGAUGUGAACAAGACUGAUUUAUCCACUUCUGAAGCUGAAUCCACUUUGCAUUAUUUAGAAGAAGUUCUAGCAUCUUUGAGGACAGAAACAUCACUACAAAUAAUCUCAGAAAAUAUGUCUGCUGCCGUAAACCAGAAAGCAGUGAAAAUAAUUGCAUACAGAAAUGGAGCUGGUUACCGAAAUGGGAAACUAGUAAUUGCUAGUACAUUCCCUAUGCUGCUUUCUUUAUGUACAAGACACCUUGAACUUAACAGGACAGCUUGUAGACUGUACACAAGUGAAGGGACCUUAAUUCUUACACUGCAGGAUUUAGUCUUGUGUGCUGUAAAUGAUUAUUUCAGAAAACAAGAGUCUGAAAAAAGAGAUGAAGGAGAAACCUUUGUUCCUGGCUCUAACGAAAAUGCAUCUGUAUUUCCUGCUAAGGAGAGAACAUCAGAAGAAAUAUUCAAAUCUAAAUAAAAACUGAAUAUCGUGUCUGCACCAUCAGUGAUGACUCCAGAUAAUUUGACCUUGAUUGAUGAUUUUUUGGUCACCAUCAUUCUUAGAAAUCCGGUUGAGGUCUGGGUUUCCAGUGGAGAACCUUUCCUGCCUUUGGAUACUUUGCAAAAUGCAGAGAGGCAAGAACGACAGAAGUGGUUGGAGAAAGAUAAAAUUCUGGCAGACCUAGAUGCAAUGAAACACAAAAUGAGACAACUACAAGGGCGACGCAUAACAAAAUCUAAAGCAGCUAGUUUGGUGCCCACUAAGAGCCCCCUCCAGCCUGUGGUAGUAGAAGGAGGCUGGACUGAAGAAACUCAAGAAGAGAUGAAGCUCAUGGAAACAAUACAACAUACAGAGAUGCACCUUUCAGAGCUUCAAGCCUUACAGUUCAAAAGAAGCUCUCCAUUUUCUCCUAAACUGCUUACAAAAAGUCACAGAGAGCUCUACAAGCAGCCUACAACCAAAAGAGUGUGGGCUUAUGUGAACGGAUGUACACCUGAGCAAGGAACUCAUGCCUGGGGAAAAACAAUUUCAGAGCUACUUGACAGUUGUACAACACAGCUAAAACUGCAACAGCCUGCAAAGACAUUGUACACACCUGAUGGUGAGCAGCUGCAGUCAUGGGAUGAAAUAGAAAGAGACAUGAUUGUAUGUGUUUCCACAGGACAUCCCUUCAUGAGCAGAAAAGCCAUGAAGCAUGAAUUGGAAGUUAGAGCUCUUUAUGCAAGAAUUCGGAAGCAGUACGGUCCAGAAUCUACCAACAUUACUGUCUCACCACCAGAAAAAGUUACAGGGAAGAUCAACAUGAAUAGCUCUCUUCUGGCUCUUACUUGCAGAACUGAUCAACAUUCCAGCGACUAGUUUCUAUAGUCACCCAAGAGUAGCUUCUCUCAAUCAGCCAAUUUGAAUGGCAUCAGUAGGAAGUGAUGCUGCUGCUCUCUAAGUAAGCAGCUCUCUUCCAGUAGAGAAGCAGCGGCAUACAUAUUUUCCAGGAGCGGGGGAAGAAAGAAGGGACAAGCAAUUAGCCCAUCUUGGCACAGUCCAACAUAAAGUUUAGCAUGUUUAAAAACAUGGUCUUCAGUGUACCAAAUUCUGCUGGUUUAUGACCGGUUUUGUUUGUUUGUGUGUGUGUGUGUGUGUGUUACUGCCAAUCCUACAAAGCAUAAAAUCCUUGCAUUUGAUAUGAGUACUUGAUAAGCAGAGGAUUCCAUCUUUCACACAGUGGAUGGAGCUUGCAUUGCAACAUUACUAUUAGGAACAUAACCCCAAAGGUUUUGCUAGGGUGCCAAAAGCAAAUACUUAGCUCUGCAGGUAUUUGUUUCUCAUGCCUGUUAAUGUUUAGCCUAGGAAAUGCAUCAGGGUUGGUGAAACUUUGGGCCUUCAGAUGUUGGCUGAACUACAACUCCCAUCAACCCCAGGAGGAUGGCAGUUGCCUGGAAUGAUGGGAGGUAUAGUUCAGCAACAUCUGGAGGCCCAAAGUUCCCCUCCCCUGAAAUACAUUGUCAUAUUAGUUAACAACUGCUAAUGGUAUCAGAGAAAUGGUAUGACAUCUGUCAGAUACUGUCAGAAAGUGGCUUCUACCACAUGUUGGUUGGCAAGUAGUGAUCACAGCUGCAUGUCAGAUCGCUGCUGCAUAUCACUUGUCAGAUACCAUCAACUAUUGACUGAUACUGCAUUUCAUAAGAAUAUGAGCCCUGCUGGGUCCUAUGAAGGACCCAUCUAGCCCAGCAUUCUGUUUCCAUUAGUGACCAGUCAGAUGCUCCAGAAAGUUGACAAGCAGAGUAGGAAGAAAAUAAUCCUCUGUCAGUUGUUGUCCUCAAUUUGAUUUCAAAGACAUGUGCUGCUUAAUAUGGAGAUUUUAGCUAUCAGGGCUAAUUGCUGCUGAUGGAGAUAAUUAAUUUGUCUAAUCUCCUUUUCAAGCUAUGAAAGCCAAUGGCCAUAGCCACAGCUUGUUGCAACAAAUUCCAUACAUUAAAUCCAGUUGUAUGACUAUAUAAGUAAAUUAAUAUAUGGUUAUUAUAUGCAUAUAUUUCAUCUGACAGAAACUAAUAAACUAAAUGCCUGUGUGUGUCAUCAACUAUCAGAUAUUGGCACUGGAUAUAAAUGUCAAAUGCAGGCAGGAAAUAUCAAAUGUCUGCAUAUUCCAAAGAAAGUAUCUGGAGAAUAUUUGAUAUCAAAACUUGCAGAGAAGAAUUCUGAGGAGAAUUUUGGGGAAAGUUUAUUCCUUGUUGUCAUUUCCUGCCAUGCCAAUCUCAAGACUUUCCAGCUUUUUUUACCAGCUUGUCAGUGAUAUGAAAGGUGGAUGUCUAUAAUUGUACUGGGUCUAUAUCACAAUGAAAUGUAAUAAGCUCUUUAACUAUUUAGUACUCCAAAAGCAAAUCAGUCUUCCUAUGCAAAUACUAGUACCACUGUUUUGUAUGUUGGAUAGACAGCCAGUGAAAAAUAGAUGUAUAUUUUUAUUUGGGGUUAACUGCAUAGAUGUGCUAUUAAGAUUAAAGACCAGCAUGAGACUAAGCUUUUGGUUUUAAUUGUUGAGCCUUCAUUCUAUGAAACUAUCAUAAAUUUAAAAGAUUCGGCAUACUGCAUAACUUCAGUAGUAUGUUAAGAAGGCUUAGAGUGUCCUGUGUUUGUUUGUGUAUAUAUAUCAUAGUAUAUGUAGCACAUA